AUGCUUUCUGUGAAAGACAAGGCAAGGCACCAAACUCUGUUCGAUUCCUUUUUGAUGGUAGUCGUGUUCAAGCUACAGAUAGUCCGGAUAAGUUGGAUAUGCAAGAUGGCGAUACUCUUGAGGUUCAUCAAGAACAAAUCGGUGGCCAAUAAGCCAUCCUUUCUUCUGCAUUCAAUUCACACGACGAAACGAUACCUUAACAAUCCGAUAUGCGCACAGUGGAGACGGGCGAAAUGUACCAGGGUUUGGGAUAGCUUGGGAGAUGAUGGAGAGCUCAGAGUAGGGAGAAGUGUGUAUCACUGUGUUAGCAGUUAA